AUGGACGCGGCGGUGGGGCUGCCGGAUGCGUGGUCGCAGGUGCGGGCGCCGGUGAUCGUGCCGCUGCUGAAGCUGGCGGUGGCGGUGUGCCUGCUGAUGUCGGUGCUGCUGUUCCUGGAGCGGCUCUACAUGGCGGUGGUCAUCGUCGGGGUGAAGCUGCUCGGCCGCCGGCCGGAGCGCCGGUACAAAUGCGACCCCAUCUGCGAGGACGACGACCCCGAGCUCGGCAGCGCCGCCUUCCCCAUCGUGCUCGUCCAGAUCCCCAUGUUCAACGAGCGGGAGGUGUAUCAGCUGUCGAUCGGCGCGGUGUGCGGGCUGUCGUGGCCGUCGGAUCGGCUGGUGGUGCAGGUGCUGGACGACUCCACGGACCCCCUCAUCAAGGAAAUGGUUCGGAUGGAGUGCGAGCGGUGGGCGCACAAGGGGAUCAACAUCACGUACCAGAUCCGGGAGGACCGCAAGGGGUACAAGGCCGGCGCGCUCAAGGCCGGGAUGAAGCACGGGUACGUGCGCGAGUGCGAGUACAUGGUCAUCUUCGACGCCGACUUCCAGCCGGACCCCGACUUCCUGCACCGCACCAUCCCCUACCUCCACCACAACCCGGAGAUCGCCCUCGUCCAGGCGCGAUGGAGGUUUGUGAAUGCAGAUGAAUGCUUGAUGACGAGGAUGCAGGAGAUGUCCUUGGAUUACCACUUCAAAGUGGAGCAGGAAGUGAGCUCCUCCGUCUGCGCCUUCUUUGGCUUCAACGGAACCGCCGGUGUGUGGCGCAUUGCUGCAGUGAAUGAAGCAGGGGGCUGGAAGGACCGGACCACCGUGGAGGACAUGGAUCUGGCUAUCCGGGCCAGCCUCAAGGGGUGGAAGUUUGUCUACCUCGGCGAUGUUCAGGUUAAGAGUGAACUCCCCAGCACUUUCAAAGCCUUCCGGUUUCAGCAGCACAGAUGGUCGUGUGGUCCGGCUAACCUGUUCAGGAAGAUGCUGUUGGAGAUUGUGACAAAUAAGAAAGUGACAAUCUGGAAGAAGUUUCAUGUCAUCUACAACUUCUUCUUGGUGCGCAAGAUCGUCGCCCACAUUGUGACAUUCACCUUCUACUGCAUCAUCAUCCCGACAACCAUCUUUGUCCCCGAGGUUCAUAUACCGAAGUGGGGUUGCGUCUACAUUCCAACAAUCAUCACUCUUCUCAACUCUGUUGGAACUCCCAGGUCUUUUCACUUGCUUUUCUUCUGGAUCCUCUUCGAAAACGUCAUGUCACUGCAUAGAACCAAGGCCACAUUGAUUGGCUUGUUAGAGGCAGGCAGGGCGAACGAAUGGGUCGUCACGGAGAAGCUCGGCAGCGCCAUGAAGAUGAAAUCUGCUAACAAAGCAUCAGCCAGGAAGUCAUUCAUGAGGAUGUGGGAGAGGGUUGAACGUUCCGGAGCUCGGAGUUGGGGCCUUCCUCUUCUCUUGUGGAUGGUACGAUGUCGCGUUCGGGAAGGACAAUUUCUUCAUAUACCUUUUCUUCCAGUCGAUGGCUUUCUUCGUCGUCGGGGUUGGCUACGUCGGCACAAUCGUCCCUCCAUCAUAACUGAAAGAACGUCGGGAUCAUCUCGCUGA